AUGGUGGUCACGAUACGGCGUUGGCCAAACUUUCAGUUCUCUGCAAACUUUCAGUUCUCUGAACAUUCGAAUUUGAAUCUCAGUGUUCUUUUACAAACGCUAAUAGUUCCAAAUGUCCCGUUCAUUACAGUCGAUCUGAGAAGGAUUCGGCAUCCCUGA